UUUGCGUAUUUUACUUCACUUGAUCGAUGGUAACGAAUGGAAUCUAUUUUGGUGUAUAAUUUUUAGUGUGCAUUAUCUUUGCGAUAAGCAACAGGUGAUUAAGCUUAUAAACGGAAUUUGCCAAAAUUUGUUUUGAACCAUCGGUCACGUACUUCAGCAAGCAAAUGCAUUGCCACUCUGUUUCCUUCCUUCGUACUAAUAAGUGUUUUCGUUGAGUUUAUUGAGUUCGGUAGUUUUCACAUAUUUCCCAGCAGACACCAUGACCACCGUUAUUCGUGUUCUCGCUACUUUUACCAGGGCACCUGUGUUGCUAUCGCGAAGCAUUACCACAACAUCUGCGGCAUACAUAAAGGUCAGCGCCUCGGUGGAUAUUGCUCAUAGUCUUGCGAGGCAUCGUAACGCGAGAAUGUUAGGCGAACGCAAACCUUUUUCGUCGGAUUUCUUCCUCCGUCAGCUCUUUGACGAACAAUCACACACCUACACUUAUUUGUUGGGCGAUAUCAACAGCAAAGAAGCUAUUCUUAUCGAUCCAGUGCUCGAACAGGCAAAACGAGAUGCCAGUCUGAUACAAGAGUUGGGAUUCACGCUUACCUAUGCAUUGAACACGCAUAUGCAUGCCGACCACAUCACUGGAACCGGAUACCUGAAACAGUUGCUACCGGGAACGGUUAGUGUGAUCUCCGAGAGCAGUGGUGCGAAGGCUGAUAAAUAUCUGAAAGAUAAUGAGCUGGUAAAGUUCGGACGAUUCGAGCUGAAGGCGAUGUGUACACCCGGCCAUACCAACGGCUGCAUGACAUUCGUUGUUCAUGAACAGGGCAUUGUCUUCACUGGUGACACUCUGUUGAUCCGAGGUUGCGGCCGCACCGAUUUUCAAGAAGGCGAUUCACGCAACUUGUACAAAUCUGUCCAUGAGAGAAUAUUUACACUUCCCGAUAAUUAUCGAAUCUUUCCAGCACAUGAUUAUAAGGGCAACAUGGAAACCACAGUGGCCGAAGAAAAGCAAUACAAUCCUCGUCUAACAAAGGAUAUCGACGCGUUCGUAGAGAUCAUGGCUAAUCUCAACCUACCUUACCCGAAAAUGAUUGCAUAUUUUUAGACAAAGCGGUGCCCGCCAAUCGUGAGUGUGGAUUGUAUGAUAUCCCCAAAUAAAAUCUACCGCUAGUCAGUGAUGGGAUGACUCCUUAUGACUCAAGUCAACUCCAGGCAAUGUUAAAGUAUUAAAAUAUAGUUUUAGUUACAUCACAAUGUUACACGAUAGCGUUUCCGCGUUUCUUAUGAAGAAUCUAGACCAGUGCGUCAACAAUAAACUGUUUGACUUGCA